CGCCACGGCAACUGGAGGAAAUAAACACUCUGGGUUUCACAGUCCAAGUUCUGCAGUGAUGUCAUCCUUAGCUCCUGCCUGCGGGGCCCUGCAGCUGGCUGCACCCCAGACAGCCUCAGCUGCUCAAGUAGGAGGAUUGCUCUGCUUCUCAGCCCUCACGCCGCCUGUGGCGUUGGGGAGAGAGAGUGAACACAAGGGCCUGGGCAGGGGUGCCCGGAACAGGUCUCACCCAGGCCCAGCUCCUCGCCUGGUGCUCCACGUCUCUCAGCAGCUGCUCUGCCCGCCGCUUGGCCCCAGACAUGAGAGUGCCCAAGGGUGUCAAGAACCCUGUGUUUUAUGGGCAGCAGCCAGAGAAAAAGGUGCCAGUGUCCUCAGGGCACGAGAUAAAGCAGACCCCUGUGGUCCUGGCGAUGCUCAAAGGUCCGGGGCCUGCCCAGUACCUCCGGCCAUCCUGCACGGGCUAUAUAGACCACGAUGUCUCCAUGUUCCAGGAGCCGGCCUAUACCCUGCAUGCCCGGCACUCGGAGAAGCUGAUUGUGGACAUACGUAGCCCCGGGCCUCGCUAUUUCUUGGAUCCUAAGUUAACUCGGUUUGGGAUGGCCAGCUGUCCUCAAGUUCCCAUGGCAGAGCACAUCUCUAACCCGCCUUGGCCCACUUGGACAAGAACUGGUUCUACAAGAAUAUGUCAAGAGGCCCCGGACCGGCCGCACACCCCCGGCCAGAGCCGUCCGUCUAUCAGAACCGCAGCCCCGUCUACAGCAUGGCCAAGCGCUUUGGCUACCCGGUGGACCACACACCUCGGCCUGGCCCCGGCUCCCACAACGUCCAGCAGGUCACGGCACACAAGCCCCGCCCGCCCGCCUUCACCAUGGGCAUCAAGCACUCGCCCCGCCUGUGCCCGCUGGUCAUCGACAUUCGUGACUGAGGCCCCUCCUGGUGCACUCCCCCACCACCCUGUCCCCGGAAGUCAUUUUUCUGUACCGAAUUGAGCGACUUACCCAGAUUUUAAGUAGCAGAGCUGGUGCCUGCUGUGUCCAGCACAUAGAAGGCGUUAGAUAAAUAUUUUCAUUUAUUUA